AUGUGCGUCCGUUGUCUAUGUCGAGUUAGUGUUGUUGCCGUCGUGAUAUUCUGCUUAUGGUACGCAAUAACCAACUAUGGUGCAAUUCCAAAACAACAGCAGUGCGAUAACUUGCCCUCCAGGUUAUAUGUUCAUCCGAUCUAUCCAGCUGAGUCAACGCCAAUAGUGCGCCGCGACCCGCGACCGGCCUAUGCACCACGAAUACGUAUACUGCCGCAUUCAUUAUGUGAAUCGAACAUUUCUGUGGUGUUCAUUGUUCAUUCUGACCUGAGGAAUACUGCUCAAAGACAAUUUCAACGGAAGCAACUCGACGAUGCUUGGUUGGAUACGCUACAAGCCAAGCGGAUGUUCGUUAUUGGAAGUGCUGCGCGAGAAACUACAGAAAAUUGUGAGAAAGAAGCUAAAAAAUAUGAUGAUCUUUUACAAGUGGACACCAUAGAGCACUACCACAAUAUUACUUACAAGGCACAAGCCUGGAUACAACUUUUAACAACAUGUCCUCAUCCGCCAAAGUUCAUAAUCAAACUCGACGAUGAUGUGAUGAUAGAUCGAACAGGGGUAGAAUACUUAGUAAAUAGGUACCUAUCCCAUAAAGAGUACACUGACAACGAUCUAGGAACAUAUUGUCAAGGUAUGGCAUAUGUAUUUAGCGCUGAUCAAUUGCUACACAUGCGGGACAAUAUUUCACGGGUACAGUUCUUAUGGGUAAGUUGCUUUCCCCCAAAAAACCCCAUAAAGCUUGCAAGCAUAGUCAUAAAAAUGUAGCA